GGAGGAGGAGCAGCAGGCCUCCGGGCCCUGGCACCGCCGUCCGCAGGACAUUUCUGAUUCAUUUGCAUCCUUGAAGAGCAUCGGUAGAAGAGGAAGGAAAAGAUGGGUGUGAAAACAUUUACUCAUAGCUCUUCUUCCCACAGCCAGGAAAUGCUUGGAAAGCUAAAUAUGCUUCGAAAUGAUGGACAUUUUUGUGAUAUCACUAUUCGUGUCCAGGACAAAAUCUUCCGGGCACAUAAGGUGGUACUAGCAGCUUGCAGUGAUUUCUUUCGCACCAAACUUGUAGGCCAAGCAGAGGAUGAGAACAAGAAUGUAUUGGAUUUGCAUCAUGUUACAGUGACUGGCUUUAUACCCCUUUUAGAAUAUGCUUACACAGCCACUCUGUCAAUUAACACAGAAAGUAUCAUUGAUGUUCUAGCUGCAGCCAGCUAUAUGCAAAUGUUCAGUGUUGCUAGCACCUGCUCAGAGUUCAUGAAAUCAAGCAUUUUAUGGAAUACACCCAACAGCCAACCAGAAAAGGGUCUAGAUGCUGGACAAGAAAAUAACUCUAACUGCAAUUUUACGUCUCGAGAUGGAAGCAUUUCUCCAGUGUCUUCAGAGUGCAGUGUGGUAGAAAGAACCAUUCCUGUUUGCCGAGAGUCGAGGAGAAAGCGCAAAAGCUACAUUGUUAUGUCUCCUGAAAGUCCUGUAAAGUGUAGCACACAAACAAGUUCUCCACAGGUAUUGAAUUCUUCAGCUUCCUACUCAGAAAAUAGAAAUCAACCAGUUGACUCUUCUCUAGCUUUUCCCUGGACUUUUCCUUUUGGAAUUGAUCGAAGGAUUCAGCCUGAUAAGCUUAAGCAAGCAGAAAAUACCCGGACUUUAGAAUUACCUGGCCCAUCUGAGACAGGUAGAAGAAUGGCUGAUUAUGUGACUUGUGAGAGCACAAAAACUACCUUACCUCUGGGUACCGAGGAAGAUGUCCGGGUCAAAGUAGAAAGGUUAAGUGAUGAGGAGGUCCAUGAGGAAGUAUCCCAGCCUGUCAGUGCAUCUCAGAGUUCACUGAGUGAUCAGCAGACAGUGCCAGGAAGUGAACAAGUCCAAGAGGACCUUCUGAUUAGUCCACAGUCUUCCUCUAUAGAAUCCCAGGCAGGAAAAAACACAUCUGUCAAUGGACAAAGAUUUUGGAACCAGUCACAAGGCACAGCUCCUUUUUGAAGGAGUCAAG